CAAGGUUCAGUCAUUCAGUAUUUCACAGCCUGUCCACCUUAAAUCAAGACCUCUGAGAUUUAAGCUGGUAUGCAAACCAUUGUGCUGUUGGUGUUGUGGGUACUGGGAACAUCGCUGGUGUUGCCAGACCCCGACACAGCUGGGGAGAAAGUGGUCGAAGAGCCUAUUCCAUGUUCUAAGGGAUGCACCUGUCUUCAUGAUGACUACACCUUGGAGCUCAACAUGUACUGCAGUGUUCGAAACUUCACACAAGUCCCACCUGACAUACCCCCAUCCACUCAUUCUAUCUGGCUGGAUGGCAACUUGUUCACCUCACUCCCAGCAGGGUCUUUUAAGGAUCUUAGUAACCUGGACUUUUUGAAUCUAGAGAAUGGCAAGCUGAUGACACUUGACCCUCAGGCUUUCAAAGGACUUAGGUUGCUAGCCCACAUUCACCUUGAACGAAAUCGCCUCCGGGUGAUACCAGCUACAAUCUUCCAGAAUACACCUAACCUUGCUUCACUUAGUAUGCACAACAACCAGCUGGCUCGUAUUGAGGAAAGACUGUUUGCAGGACUCUCACACAUGUGGCUUCUCAACCUAGGGAGGAAUUCAAUUGCAGUUUUGCCUGAGACAGCUUUCCAAGACCUGCAUGGUCUACGGGAGCUUGUUCUUGCAGGAAAUAGACUUGCUUACUUGCAGCCACAGCUUUUCCAAAAUCUUGUUGAGCUUAAAGAGUUGGAUCUGACUGGAAAUUACCUCAAGGUUAUCAAAGCUAAUGUGUUUGUUAAACUCACUAAACUACAAAAGCUUUACCUGGCCCAAAAUCAGAUUGUGACAGUGGUACCCAGAGCCUUUGUGGGGAUGAAGUCGCUAAGAUGGCUGGAUCUCACUAACAACAGACUGACUUCUCUCCAUGACGACACUUUCUUGACCCUGCACAAUCUUCACGUACUGCGUCUUUCCAACAACUCUAUCACUGGAAUUAGGGCCAGGACUUUCCGUGAUCUGCAGUACUUAGAAGAGCUACGACUCAGCUACAACAGGAUCCGAGCCCUUGGGGAAAGGAUCUUUGAAGGGCUUGGUCAUCUGGAGGUCCUAGAGCUAGAGCACAACCAAGUGCAGGAGGCACAAGUGGGUAGUUUCACAGGGCUCUCUCAUGUGGCUGUCAUCAACCUGUCUGGAAGCUGCUUCCACAGUCUGCCCGACCAAGUGUUCAAAGGUCUGUCAAAGCUUCACAGCCUACAUCUGGAUAGAGGUUGCCUAACAAGGAUCACAACUCAAGCAUUCAAUGGACUUUCUGGUCUACGGAGGCUUUUCUUGCAGCACAACAACAUCUCUGUGGUGGAACGCAAUAGCUUUGUGGACCUGGUGGGCCUAUUGGGACUGGACUUAAGUUUCAACAAGUUGGAGGUUCUCACAAGCCAUACAUUCUCUGGCCUCAAGAAUGUGGAGUACUUGCUGUUGUCCAACAAUGAGUGUCGACAAUUUUUGCAGAAUGGCACAAAACAGUUACUCCCAAAGCUCCGUUAUCUGGACCUGAGAGCUAAUGCCUUGACAAGCAUGGUCCCCGAUUUCCCAGAGAGUAUGGAAAAACUUUUGCUCUCUGGCAACAGGUGGAAAUGUGACUGCAGUGCCCUCCCACUCAGAAACUACAGCUUGAGGAAUCCGUUGGUGAUACCUCGGCAAGUGGAGACCCAUGCAGAGGGUGAAGAGCCUGACACAACUAUCACCAUAUACAACAACAUUACAUGCACCAGCCCACCACGUAUAGCUGGUCAGGACCUGCGGGAUAUUGACAAUGAACUCUUUCAAAGCUGCUAGACAAACCCUCACAGGGGUUUUUAAGGCAUUGGUUGGUGGCAAAAAAAAUUCUGAUGUUACCCAUGACAUUAUCAACAAUGUAAACUCAUUCAGUUUUCUGAUUUCGUGAUUUUAACUGUAAUACUAAUGCAUGAUUCAGGUUCUUGUUACAAAUUUACACAUAAAUGUACAUACAAUAUUUUUAAAAACAGCUAUGCUAUAAUUGAAAAGACCAACCAACCAAUAUUUCUGUUGCUUCAACUUUAUGGAGUUAUAUCUUAUUAUCGACUGUCUAAUUGUGGAAAAUUGCAAUAAAGUUGGCAAACUGUCACCUUUUGGCAAAAAAGGGAGAAUCAGGCAUGUUCCUCAAUCCAACACAAAUGCUUUCAGAUAAUUAAGUUUGUAUUAACAAUGGAGAGUAAGAUGGAUCAGAGUUUUACCACUUUGGAUUUGGACAUGUUUCCAGGAGAUCAAAAAAAAAAAAGUUAACGUGUAAUGCAUUUAGAUGUAUUUUAAAAAUAUUUGUAUAUAUUUUAAAGUUUAUUGUUCAUCAAUAAACCACUUGGACCUCCCUUCAUGCCCAUGAAAACACAAAGUAUCAAAUUAACACAAGUGUGAUAGCAUUUUCACUGAUGUGGUCAUGAGCAUUUUGGGACAAUAAAAAUGGGAAACUGCCACAAACUGUUGAAAAACCAUUAAGAAAAAUGGAAACAGAUGAAUUUUUGAGAACCACAUAAACCCUAUGCAAAACAAAGAGCAACAAAACUGGCAUGUUACAAAAUGAAAAAGUGAUUAAGCUGUAAAUCACAAUUUGAUCAUUUAUGUGGCUGGCUGAACAAACGUUUCUCAAAAGGCAGGAGGAAAUAUCUGCACAGCUCAGAAAUGUAUUCAAGUAUGUUGUUAUGUGUGUAUAUGGUUUAGAAAAGAUCCAUGUUUGUUACUUUAAAAAAUACAAUGUUGCCUUAAAAAAA